AGAAAUUGAUGGAGAUGUGAACAAUGUAGAAAGGAUGAAGUGAUGGUACGCCUUCGACGAGGAUAUAAUAAUUUCGCCUUCCAUGCCAGUAGAUUUGGAGUAAGCCUCACGUCACUGAUUGCCAUCUUUGUAUUGAUGUGUCCAUCAAGCACGUCCGGAUGGAAAGUUGGUGUUAGAGACCAAGACAAGACUUGCUAUCUCUACAGCCACCAAACCAAAACUUGUUUUAUACAAAGCCACGUCAACGGCCGGAUAGUUCUGCAGUUAAGCCUCACGCCCACUUCGGAAGCCGAUUUGACCACACCCCCUCAUAUAUCCUGGUUCCGGCGUGUUAAACUCCGGAACAGGCACUCUCUGGCCGUGGUGAACCUGCUUGAAGGAGGGCGCCCUCCGAAGUUUAUGGAGCUGUCAGCUAACAGGACCGACUUGACCAUCAACAUUUUGUCCGAGAAGGACAUGAGCCGAAACAGCUUCAAGGCGAGGGUUGGAAGCAAGGGACAAGGUGACCACCAAAAUUUCGUCCUUGAAUCUGAAACCAUAGAUAUUGAGGCACCCGAAGCAGGUGAAUUCGUGGCCAUCAACACCAUGGAUUAUUUCACAAUUCCUGGUAUGGAAUCUCACUUCGAUUGGUCGAAAGAGGGCGCUCGCCACCUGCCCAGAAAUGCUGGGAUCAGCCACGAUGGCAAACGACUGGUCUUUCGGCAUUACCAACCUGCGGAGGACUCUGGAGUCUAUGUGUGUGAAGUGUACAGUCCCGCGGACUACUUUAUUGCUGGGCGGCGGUAUAUCCUUGGCAGUGCCUCACACGCAACUACUGAUCUGAGCGCUGAGGGGGAGUCAAAGAUCGACGCACCUGAUCAAAGCGGCAACAACGCCCUCUUGGAACAAGAAACGUCGCAGGAAAUUUUUUCUUGGCUUCAGAAUGAACCUGAUUCGAACGUGGCACCUCUCGGCAUCAGUGAAAUGGUACACACCUUCAAGAAUAAUGGAGAGAUCUACUAUGUACUUCGCGAGAGUACCCAAUAUCUGGCAUGCUUUCCAAGCAACAUGGCGGCGGUUGACUUGACAACAAUCAAACUCCGUUACGCAUGGGGUCGGCCAACGGACAGUGACGUCAUCACAACCUUUGACAAUGGCCGAUUUUUGACCGUCGAUGGUGGCAUCCUUGAAAUCUCCGACGUGGGACCAAGGGAUUCUGGGAGUUUAGAGUGCAAUGUGACGUACCAUGACGUCAUCGGGCAGCCGAGAGUGAAGACCUAUACCUACGGCAUUGAAGUGUAUACCCUACCGGACUUUGUGUACUCCGUAUCGGCCGCCUAUACCUCCGAGGACUGUGACUCGCCUCAGCGGAGCGCGGUCUUCAAGCAACUGCUGGGAACCCAUCUCCAAGCGUCGGUCAUCGCAGACGAUACUUCCUACGAGAUCACGGACUUCGUGGCAAGUUGCAACAAUUCGCUGCGCCUCCCUACCGUGGGAGUUGGCGUUGGAUCGGUACAGGGUGGCAGGGUGAACCUGAUACGCUUCGAUGUGGUGGUCAGACAAACGAUGGUGACCCAAUGCAGCAUGCAGUGUAUGGUUGGCGAAAUGGACACAAAGACCAGGCUGAUUGGGAUGAAGUUGGGUGCAUUCUUCAGUCGGGAGCUGGAAGAACAGUAUGGCUACCACCCUUCCCGUCUGAUUCCCAACUCGCUGCAGUUUGAUUUGAAGUAUCGCUGUGAUCAGGGCUAUGGGCUGCAGGCGUCCAUUUGUGUUGCUUGUCCACCCGGAUCCUACAGCCAACAAGGUAACACCGAGUGCAUCCAAUGUCCAAUGAGCAGUUACCAGCCAUCGUACGGUGCGGUAGAUUGCGUUCAAUGCCCGACCCAUGAAUACACCUUCUGGUCUGGAGCCAUCUCAAUGGAUCAGUGUCAAGUGACGACUGUCAUUGCGUGGAUAAUGCUUGGGGCGUUCGGAAUGAUGGCAUUAUCUGGUGUGAUAGUGUCUUGUGUACUAUACGGAUAUAGGAUGCGCCAUCAAAAAGCAGCGACUGAAGACGCUCCUGUGACUCUGCCCAAAACUGACAUCGCCUCUAAGAAACCAUCCCGCAAGACGGUCAAGUCAAAGAAACAUUUAUCAAGAUCUGAUAUCUCUAGCUCUGCGCACCACGGUGAAUUGGAAGUAUUACUUGAAUCCAGCGAUGACGACGACACAAAUGUCAAUGAUGAAGGCCUACAAUCACAUGUAGCACCAGUUUCAUAUCAGACUGGUAGUCAGGAAGAAUCGAAUAUUUACCACUACAGGAGUCAGGAAACAAGACGAGGACUUCAAGCUCAGGAUCGCACUAACUACGAACAUCGGGAGGAGGACAUCGGUCUGUACCAUUCAGUGCAGAAAGGUGAUAUUAAUGCGUCCGAUGGUAGAACGAACCAGGAGACCAUAAACUCCUACCUUCCAGACAAUGAAGUACUUGAUCAUCAGCAGCAAAGAGAUCCUCUUGAUCAACUAUCCCGUUCGCAAAUGGUCAAUGAACUGGGGCCAAAUGAACAGCACCGUUUAUCGCGUCCAUCUCUUCAUUAUUCAAAUAGGGAUGAUACAUACAGAGGAAUUGUGAUAUCUCAACUAAAGUCACCUUCAAAGGUGUAUUCUGGAAUGGCCUCCUACGAACCACCUCCUCAAGCUCACGUAACUUUCCCGUCGCAUCAAGCAUUCAUACCAGAUGCCCAAGAAGCUCAGCUUACUCCUAAACUUUCCUCUCAGAUAGGAAAUCUCAUAUCUCCACUUCAACCUCAAGGUUCAUCCCCAUCAGACCGGCAUGUCCCACUCCAAGAGGACAGCUUCCAGUCGAAGAGACACCUAUCACCAAGUUUUCAUGAUCAUCUUGAUAACAGCUUCUCACCAUCAUACACACAAAGACAAACCCUCGUGGCAAGCCCUUCUCAAAUCUCCAGUGCAAGUAGCACUUCACUACCCAUAGGGAGAGAAUUAUCAUUUAGUUCUGCCGGUCCAAGUACUCCCUUGAGCAGCCGUCCAAGCAGCAGGUCUGACCUUAUAGGGUCUCCUGUUGUUCCUGUUGAUCUCUCUGAUGAGACUGACUCCGAGAUCGAAAUUGGAAGCUUCAUUGUUGAGGGAGAUAAUCUGCAACCGAGCGAAGAGACUCGUCGAUCUUCAUUUAUUUCAAAACCACAUAUAUCCCCAAGAAGAAACUCCGUUGCAGCACUGAUCGCAUCUUACCAGUCCUUGUCUCGAAGUGGUCCAACAACUACAGCUCCACAAGUCAAUCAAAUUUUAGAUCAAUCUAGCUUCGAAAGCACAACCACCCAUUCAACUAAAACGUCAGCAUUCUCAAUGAAGGGAAAACCUUCAAACGCAACGGUGCCUCCUGGAAGUCCUCCCCUGUUUCCAAGAACAUUCUCUAGAGAAAAGAGUAUGCCGAUCAUUUUUAGCGACAGAGCUCCAUCAGAUUUUCUAGCAAGGCAAUCCCCUCCAAGGAGUCCGCAAAAAGAUCAAUCUAGAACUUUGACUCCGUCUAUUUCACCUGUUAAGGCCGUUACGCCUGUUAUAAGCCCUCCAAGGUCUUCGGGAGCCGUUACAGGAGAUGUUCAGCAGACGCCCAGUCGAACAGCAACAUUAACUCAGGAUGAGCUCGGUAUCCCUCCAUUCUCCUUGCCAAUAACACCGCAAGAGGCCUUGAGUCCUAGUCGCUCAAAAGGUUUUACUCCUUCUUUAGCCUUCUCCGAGAACAGUGGGCACACUCCUCCAGUAACUCCAUCAGUUCAAUCCUCUCAGGUAUCCCCAAAGGAGUCGCUAAUGACACGGAGGUCAUCACUCAUGACGAGUCCAGCAGGUAGACCAGCUAAUCCUUUCCAACUGCAGCGACUCAGACGACAAUCUCUGGCAGGGCAAAAGUCGUCACAUCUCACCGCCACAUUAACAUCAACGCCUCACCUUGAAACCGCAUCAGCAGACGGAGGGGUUUCUCCUCCGGCACAGAAUGAGGCCAUCCUCGCACCUCCGUCAUUUCCUUCCAUUCCAGUCUUCCCUACAGUGGCCUCUUCACUCCAUAUGGACACGCCUUCUGCAGUACCGCCUAGUGUUGUACCUCCAGCUGUUACCACUCCUACUUCUACCACCCCACCCCUAAAUGUGGCCCCUCCUGCAAUUGUAGCGCAUCCUUCCGCUCCAGCUCUUCCUGAUACACCAUCGACCUUUGCUCCACCCCCUCCACCAACGGGACCUUUUCCUCCGGCCUCGACUCCUCCACAUUCCAUCUCAGCUCAUCCCAGUCUGGUUACUAGACCUAGCGUGUCGGUAAGCAUCCCUAUCAAUAUAAAUGACACUGCCCCUGUUGGUGAACCUCCUCCCCUUCCCCAAGGGGUCCCCCCUCCCCCUCCACCUUUGGCAGGACAUUCUCAGUGAAAACGCCUCCUUCCGUGGCCCCACACACCACUGCCCCAGCGAGGCAGUCAAGUGCACCUCACCCUGUUGCGGCACUGAUGAACCAGGCUUUUACCGGCAG